AAACUGUCAUUUUGUUUCAGUCAAUAGCUUCAGCUGACAUGGAUUCAAAUCAACUAGAGGCUUUUUUAACUGCACAAACAAGGAAACCAGGAGGAAUCACAACUGAUCAUGCUACAGUUAUUGCAAAAUUUUGGAAGAACCAGCGAGCAAAAAUUCAUGAGAGUCUGAUAAAUCAAAGCAAGUGGGAAAACAGCUUGAAAAACAUAAGCUGGAGAGUAGAUUUAAAAACACAGUCAAGACACAUUGAUCAGAUGAACAGCCCUGUGGCAAUAGUUGAAAUGGAACUUGAGAAAAAUGGACAGGAAUCUGAACUUUUGACUGUGGAAUUUGAUGAGAUUGAAUUGAAUGAAAUGUUGAAGAAGCUUUCAGAGAUUGAAGACAGCAUUAUUUCUCUGACCCAAGCAUCCUGACUUUUCAGUUAAAACAGUAUUUGACAUACUAAGGUUGACUUUAGUUACAUAUGUAGAUUAUUUUGGACAUCAUGCUGUUUGUUGCAACAGUGUUUCAGAACUUAUACAUAAAUAUGGGAUCAAACAGGAAAAAAUUAUAACUGAGGCAAUGCAAAGUUGCGCAUUAAAACAAAAGAACAUAGUUGGAUUAAUUUAAAGAAAAUAUUCCUGCAGAAAAAUGGAGAAUGUUGCUAUUACAUGUUUGUUUUUUUUCUAGAGCUGUUGACAUCCAGAGAAAGAGUUCCUCUGACUCUAAUUAGGAAACAUGUAAAAACAGAAAAUAGUUCAAAGUCUUGCUCAAGCAUUUUCUUGGGCUGGUAUUGCCGUUUGUAUAGCAAAAGAACAAAUGCAUCUUCCAUUAUUCUGCCAUAAGAUCUGACACAAGAAUGUGAAAAGCGUUGAGUGUGUGCUUGAUGAAUUUACAGCAGACCAAAGUGGAACCCCCAACUGCUUCAUCAAGUGAAUUUGCAGCAAUGGCUGCUGUAUUUUUGUAGAUCCAGGAGAGGGAAUCCCUUAAGAAAUUUCUGGUUUUUUAAUUUUUCUUCAUAUUUUUCACCAGUUCAAAAAGGAUUGUUACUUGAGGAAAAUGAAACAGUAGCGUACUUUAGUUCCAUCUUCUUUUUCUAGAACAGAGUGGGAAAUUUUAGACUCCCAUGCUAGAAAUAUUUAAUCAUUUAUAAGAGCUACAUAGUGUUCAUUACCAAUGGAGAGUAAAUGUAUAUUCACAAGAGUUUUCGGCAUUAAUUAUUUCAUCAUCUAAAGCAGUGUGGUAUUGUGUACUACAGAACUCAUUGAAAAUGUAGAGUGUAUGGACAAAACAUUAAAGGGACAUGGAUAUAAAUUCUAGAAUGUCUCAGUGCUUACAAUCUAAACUUUUAUCCCAAAUCACCUUCUCAUCCACCCAGUUUUCCUCUGCUACUCAACUUGGCCCUCUGUGAAAUAAUUCAUAUUUUUAAAUGUUGCCUUAGAAACUAGUCUUUGAAAUGUUUAUUCCAGAAUGUAUGCUUUCUACUUUAUGAUACAGCUGUUGACUUUUUUUAAUGUCCACCAGGCUAUCUGUACAAUACACAGCAUCUCCUUUUAUGCCAAGCAGGCAUAUUCCUAUGUGGUGAUUUCAUACCACAGUAUCUGCCCUGGUAUUAAUUAUGCACUAUAAACUUUUAAGUAGUGCCUUCUCAAGGGAGUUCAUCAGUUAUCUUUGUUCAUAUCUGAAUAAAAGCUGCAACAGCUCUUUCUAGAAAAUCAAUAACUAUGGCAGUACAAAAAAAUAACAAAUGUCUGUCACACCCAGCUAAUCUGCAGUAGUUGGCCUAUUACAAUCUGUUGGUGUUCUCAAAUCCUACAAAAGCUGUAAUAAAGUUCAUAAAUGUUACAAUUAGCAUUAGAAAAAAGUACAGUUCUUAAGGAACCGUGUAUUGCAUUUAUUUAACAUACACAGAUGUAUGAUGUUCUUAUGACAUUAAAUGCCUCAUUGACUAUUUGCAGAAGUGCAAGCAUAAAAUGCCUUUACAAUUUAAACUGCCCUUCAGCUUGAUGCCCUCCAAAGACUUUCCAAUUACAAGUCCCAGAAUUUCCAGUUAGUUAUAAAUUAUGAUCCCAAAACUUCCCAAGGGCAUAUGGUUGGGGAAAGUUGGUUUAAAGCAUAAUCUUUAAGCUUCUGUUCAAAAUACAGUUAGAUUGUUUACAUAGAUUUUAUUUUAAUUUGGUUUCAUAUAGAGUUGUAUUAAUUAAGAUGAUUUACUUCUGAUUCUUGUGGUUAUGGGUAAACAGGGAUAUAAAAUGAACGUUUUCUCUUGUCUAUAUAGUUUAUGAGGUAAGAGAUUAACUUUUUUUCAUUUGUUUAUCUGAAGAUUAGAAAUUGCAGUUAAAAUGUUACUGCAUUCUUAAUCUCUGUUAUUUUCUAAAUAUAUUGCUUUUUCCAUUACUGAUA